CAGUAAGUCCGACUUUGACUACAGUACUGUUUGACAUUGAUGCUCUUGGGGUGGUCACAUUGCUGAGAAUGUUUAAUAUCACAGAAGUAGUUAGUCGACAAUUUAUGUUGGAGAUAGGAGUGACAGAUUCCGUGGGACAAUUGGUUACCUUUAGCACGUACAUGAACGUCACUGCACUGACUUGCCUUCCAAAUCCUAGAAACCUGUAUGUCCGCAUGGAUCAAGAAAUUGAUGGCGUGAUUUUGGGUGACUUUAAUUGCACAAAUAGAUACGGUUUGAGUUAUAUACUGCAACAAUACCCAGCGGGUACCUUUGCUGUCAACAGUGCAACAAAUGGGACUGCAUUACUGAUUCUGAAAGCAUCUGUCGUGAAGAUAAAGUUUUACAGUUUGAGCAUUACAAUAACAGAUGGCGUUGACAUUGCUAUCCUGAAGUUCAAGGUCAUUGUGCAAACAAAGAAGUGUGGUAUCGCAAGUGGGUCGACUGCGUUGGGCAAGGCACUUCCGUGGAUGAUAUUGUUUUCGUUACAAUCCUUUUAUCACCUCGUGUUUGGCAUAUAAGUAAACAUGUCGAACAGUUAAACCGAAAUUCACAUUUUAUGUAUUGCUUAAACAAAAUACAAGGUGAAAGCGA